GACCACUUACAAAGAGUUCUGUUCAAGUGCACUACUGAGCAGUUUAAUGUACACUGUCUUCUCAAACAUCUGACACAAAGACUUGAAAAGGUAACAUGGGCCUAUUAUCUCUUGUCCUGCUCUUGCUUUCAGCCCAGUGGUCCUGCGCUCAGGAAGACCCUCUUCUACCUUUCUCUGAACACCUGGACCCCGAGCACAAUGUGCGGCUGAAGUGGGGCUUUGAUGAGAUCCAGGGCACCAUCUUGUUCGAGCUCACUGUCAACACCAGCGGCUGGGUCGGGUUUGGCUUCAGCCCUAAAGGAGGAAUGACUGGAGCCGACAUCGUCAUUGGAGGAGUCGGACCGAAAGGCAGUUACUUCACGGACCGUAAUGCUGUGGGGAAUUCAAUACCUGUGGUUGACCAGCAACAGAACUACAAACUCCUGUCUCUAACCGAGUCAGACGGGAGAACGGUCGUGAAGUUUCAGAGAUCUAUUGAGUCUUGUGAUGAAAAAGAUUUACCCAUCACUAAUCUUCCCAUGAAGCUGAUCUAUGCGUACGGACAGAGUGAUGACAUCGUGUACCAUAAUAACCGAAGGGGAACGAAAGAGGUGAACCUGUUGAAGUACAUGCCUCGUGUCAGUCCUCCAAACAGCAAGUAUUUCGACAUGACUAUGGCCAAUUUCUCUGUACCAGCCAAUCAAACCUACUAUCACUGCAAGAUCAUGAGAGCCCCGACUUUUGAUCGCAAACAACACAUUUAUCGUAUUGAGCCGGUCAUCACAAACUUCGACCUCGUGCAUCAUCUGCUGCUGUACCGCUGCCCGCCGAGUGUGACGCAGCCAUUUGAAGUGGCAUGUUACGCGGGCGACGGGCAAGAGUGUAUGGAGACCGUUGGCGUGUGGGGAGUUGGCGGAGGGGCUUAUGAACUCCCUGAGAUGGUAGGACUUCCAAUUGGAGGAAAUGUUGGAGAUUUUUUCUACAGGCUUGAAGUGCAUUACAACAACCCGAAUAAAAUUGCAGGUCGAGUUGAUAACUCGGGUCUGCGAUUCUAUUACACAUCUGAACUCCGUCAGCAUGAUGCAGCUAUUCUGAUGACAGGACUUGGUGUGUACCCUGGGUACGCCAUCCCACCCAAAGCUAAAUCCUUCCUCACGUACGGCCUGUGUGACACUGCCUAUAUUCCACAGGUUCUGGAGACACCAAAUGAUCUUCAGGUGUUUUCUGUGAUGUUGCACACACACUUGACUGGACGGAAGGUGCGAGUCGGACACUUCAGAGGGGGAAAACAGAUCGAUCUUCUAGCCGUGGAUGAAAACUACAAUUUUGAAUAUCAGGAUGUGACAAUCUUGGGCAAAACUAAGACAGUGAAGUUGGGUGACCAAUUGCUGGUGGAGUGCACAUAUAACACUGAAAACCGUGCCACACUCACAUGGGGGGGGUUCUCAACUCAAGAGGAGAUGUGUUUGGCUUUCCUCUUCUACUAUCCAGCUAUGAAUCUGAGCAGUUGUGUGAGCUUCCCUAAUUUACAGACAUUAGGAUCUGCAAUGGGAGCAACAAAUACAACUACCUGGCUCAAUAUGAUGUACAUGAACACUUGGAAUGACAUGUCUAUCAAUCAGUACCAACAAACACUGAAGAGAGUUGAUCAACUAGUCUUAGUUGCUGAUUCAUUUAGCAACUGGUCAUACAACCCAGGGAUGAUUCCUGAUCUCAAAGUCAUCCCGUCUGAACCCUGCAUGAGUGCUUGUGCCAUCAAAAGUCUUUCUUUGAUAUCACUGCUCCUCUGUUUGGCACUGCAUCGGGUUUCUUUAUGAAAUGUUCAUGCAAAAAAAAUGGCUCCCCGCAGGGACAUUCUUGACAGCAACCUAAAAACCAGAAUAACAUAAAAUUCAACUUAAUAUAUGAUAAAUACAUUUUUUUUUAUAAAUUAUAUCAGGAUGGAAUUGGGCUUUACACGUUACUUCCAUUGGUUUACUUUCAGAUCAUAUAUAUUAUAAUAAAACAUGAAUAUAUAGAAUAUUUAUAAAAAUUGCAAUAAUAAUUAUGAUUAUUAUAGAUAAAAAAGUUUAUUUAGCCAAUAGAUGUGAGUGUUUAUGCAUUGGGGCAUACUAUGUAUAUAAAAAGUAUAUAAACAUACUUUUUAUGUUCUUUUCAUCAUGAUUUUUGCAAGUUUGGUCAUGGCCCUGAUACAUUGCAUGAAAUACCAGUCUUCAAUAAACCGAUUUUUGUACCAAGUCUUCCAAA